ACACAUUAGUUAGCAUUUACAAAUUGGGUGAUGAGCCUCCGUUUAGUUGGAUAUGCCCCGACAAUUUGUGUUCUUAUGUGUGUACUUGUGCCUCUCUUCAUUUCUGUAGACAUAGGCCUUUUUGUUACAGAUCAAUAUGCUUACCACUGGUACCUUAAGAAGGCUGGUCUGCCCGAUAGUCAAAAAACUGCUAAGAAAAAGCUUAUAAAUCGAACCGAGCCCGCAGAAGAUAAACAUGGCAACACAAAGCUGCAAUGGGCUCAGGGACAAACCGCAUACCUUACUACGGUAAUCAAUGUUGUGGCUAUUUCUGCAGGGACUCCGGUCACUCUGAUGUUAGGCCACCUAUCAGACCGAUAUGGGCGCCGUUUCGUCCUGCUUUGGAUCAUGCUCAGUGAAGGUCUUCAUUUGGGCUCACAAGCCAUUAUUGUGAUGUUCUCCUUCAAUGCCUGGGCGCUGAUACUACCAACACUGUUCGAAGGAGUUCUCUCCGGCGGACUGCUUUCUGCAAUAGCACAGCUGUCUGUCUGCGCGGUAGACAUCACAGAAGAUAAUGAAGGGUCAAAUGACACAGAGAUGCGUUGCAAUGGAAGGCAACCGGCAAAGCGUUGGCUUCUGCUCGCUGUGUUGGACGGGACUGCUUGUUUGUGUUUAGCCAUCGGGGACGCGAUUGCUGGUACUGUGCUACAUAAAAAGGGCUUUACAAUAACCAGCCUUACCAGCCUUGUGAUCUUCACUCCUGGAGUGGUGUUCGUCUAUUUCUUACCCGAAACGAUGACAAAGUUAAGGCAACAGCACGAUGCCCCAAAACAGGAUGAACAUAACAGGUUGACGAUAAGAGACACAACGCCUGAACAGCUUGCUCAUUGGAACACAAUGCAGAUGUUUCGGAAUUCCACUACCAACUUGAAGAACUGGUUCCAAGAGACGAAAACACUGUUGUUGGAAAGCGGUGCAACGGUUGUGAUUUCCGUUGCCAUCCUUUUUCUCUUCUCCAUAGCUGCUAUGGUUGAUAUGCACUAUGGAUUUUUGUAUCUAAUGGGGGCUCCAUUCUACUGGAACUCGGAGUCCGUUGGCCUGUUCGGCGGUUUAUCCGACGCCCUCUCUGCGGUGAUUUCCAUGGCAUUGGUUUUCGUAACUGUUACUUGUAAUUGGAAGCGCUAUACGGAACAUCCUUCGCCGUCUCCUUCCAUUUCAAAAGAUGUUGCUAACAAAUUAGAAGUCGAUACGGAAAGAAUGCCCAAGUGGACACGUCAUCAGAGUUGCCUGCUACUGUAUCUUGCAAUGGGACUUAGUAUCAUCAGUCUCAGCAAGAUAGCCAUGGCAAUCGCGCAUCUGUUCUCCCAUCCAUUAGCCGACGCAAUUGUUUAUACAGCGCUGGCCCUACGUUUAACCAAGAGUCUACCUAUACCGGUGAUAAGAGCACUAAUCGCAACUUGCUCAAACAGCAACCAACAGGGUCGUUUGUAUUCCUUCUGUGCCUUCGCCCAGCGUAUUGGACUUUUGAUUAGCCUAACGGCUCUACCUUUGGUCUAUGCUGCCACGGUGGCCACAUUCGCCGGUGCUGUUUACAUUGUCAGUGCCAUCCUCCUGGGAAUCGGACUCCUUAUGACUUUCCUUCUUCCACUUAUCCACCGGCAGGGAGUUGGACAACAUUUAGUUAAAAUUUGACGACGUUCAAAUUUCCGUGCAUAAAAAUGCUUCAAAGAACUUUGUAUCUCCACGUCAUCCUUCGCCAAUUCAUACAUAUUUUACUAACUGAUUUACCACACACUUUCUGAGCUGGGAACAACGCUGGAAUUAAAAAGUAUGAUUUUAAAACAUGCGAGAUUGAACGAGAAUGGACUAGGCUCCGCCUGUCAUUAAUUUUCGCAACUGAAGUAAUGGAAAAUACCGUAUUAUCAGGGAGGGGAUAUGUACCACAAUAUUUAGUCGAAUUUCUUCAAACGCUUGACUGUCGGGUACUGUAUAACAAACAUCCAUUUUUCCGGACUGAAUGCUUUACUUAUACAAUCAACGGUCGAU